AUGAAGUCCUUAGCCACUUCAUUGCUUGUAUUUUGUAUUGCCUUACUUGCAUUAUCUUGGACUAUUUCAGCUGAUACCCUUCAAAAUUUUGUUGAAUGUGUCUCACAUAACUCACCAAAUCCUUCUUCAAUUUCAAAAAUUAUCUACACAUCGAGUGACUCUUCGUAUUUGUCUGUCUUGAACUUUUCAAUACACAAUUUGCGAUUCACCUUGCCAUCUACUCCGAAGCCCCUUGUGAUCGUAACACCCUUAAAUGAAUCACAAGUUUUCCCAUUCAUUUCUUGUUCCAAAGCUUAUGGGAUGCAAAUAAGGGUUAGAAGUGGAGGACAUGACUACGAGGGUCUCUCUUAUGUUUCUCAGGUCCCUUUCAUAAUUCUCGAUCUCAUUAACAUUCGAUCUAUUGAAGUAGACCUUAAGAGUAAAACUGCUUGGGUUCAAGCAGGUGCGACGGUUGGCGAACUUUAUUAUAGUAUAGUUGAGAAAAGUGGAACCCUAUCAUUUCCAGCUGGAAUCUGUCCCACUGUUGGUGUUGGUGGACAUUUUAGUGGGGGAGGAUAUGGAUCGCUGCUACGUAAAUACGGUCUUGCUGCCGAUAACAUUAUUGAUGCUCGCAUGUAUAAUGCAAAUGGAACUCUCUUGGAUAGAAAAUCAAUGGGUGAAGAUCUAUUUUGGGCUAUACGAGGUGGUGGAGGCGGAAGUUUUGGUGUCAUUCUUGCAUGGAAAGUAAACCUAGUUAGUGUCCCAUCUACCGUCACAGUUUUCAACGUUCGAAAAACCUUAGAACAAAACGCUACCAAUCUUAUUUAUCGAUGGCAAUAUGUUGCAAGUAAGUUUCCAAAAGAACUAUUCAUUAGAAUCACCAUCGGUAGAGAAAAGUCUAGUGAGGAAGGAAAAUUUACAAUAUUGGCCUCGUUCAUUUCCUUGUACCUUGGACGAGUUGAUGACCUUAUUCAUUUGAUGCAAGACGAAUUCCCCGAGCUUGGUUUGACGAAAGAUGAUUGCAUCGAGUUAAGCUGGAUCCAAUCCAUCUUUUUUUUCUAUGGUUGGAAUAUUGGGGAACCGUUGAAGAGUUUGCAAAGUAGAAGUCAACACAAACUACAUUAUUUCAAAUCAAAAUCUGAUUAUGUGCAAGAGCCUAUUCCCAUAUCUGGCUUAGAAGGGAUGUUGAAUAUGUUCUUUGAGGAUGGUGCUGGCGAGUCUCAACUUGUCUUGAACCCAUAUGGUGGAAGAAUGGAUGAAAUAUCAAAAUCCUCAAUUCCCUUCCCACAUAGGGCGGGGAAUUUAUACAAGAUCGGAUACACUGCGAGCUGGGAUGAAGCGAGCACAACCGUGGCUAAUAGUCGUAUAGAUUGGAUCCGAAGGCUUUACAAAUAUAUGGAACCUUAUGUUUCAAAAAAUCCAAGAGCAGCAUAUAUCAACUAUAGAGAUCUCGACAUCGGGGCAAAUAUGCAACAUAACACAAGCUAUGAACAAGCAAGCAUUUGGGGGGUGAAAUAUUUCAAAAACAAUUUUAAGAAGCUGGCAAAGAUUAAAUCUCAAAUUGACCCAUCAAACUUCUUUUGGAAUGAACAAAGUAUUCCCGCUUAA